CGCUGCCGGGACGCAGCCGCUCUGUGGGCACCCGGCGUCUGUGGCGUGGUGGGUGAGCGGUGGCGUGCAGCCAGGCCCGCCUCAGCCAUGGAUCCCCGCACGGCCGGCCGCGUGCUGUCACCGCUGCUGCUGCCGCUGCUACUGCUGCUGCUGACCUCACCGGUCCACACUGAGUCCCCGGCCAAGUCUACCGGUGCAGCGACUCCAGCAGCGGACCCAGGAGCGGACCCGGCAGACCCAGCAGACCCGGUGGACCCGGUGGACCCAGCUCGCUGUCGGCUCUACGGUCCGGGUCUCCGACCCGACGAGGUGGUCCUGCCGGCGCGCUAUUUCAUCAUACAGACCGUCGACAGCGGCGGCAGCGAGCUGAGGACGUCACCGCGGGAGCAGUUCGAGGUGUCACUCACCGGCGAGUCGCCACGUGGCGCCUGCCACGUAAACAUGCAGGUGCUGGACCGGCACGACGGCGCGCUGAUCGUGCGCUACCGCGUGUUCGUCACGUGCCGCAACGCCGUGCUCCGGGUCCUCUAUAGAGGGCAGCACGUGGCCGACAGCCCCUACAAAGUGCCAGGUCCCGUGUACGCCGAGGAGUGUGACUGUCCGCUGGAGUCGCUGGACGACUGGCUGACGGCGGCCGCCUGUCCGGCCAGCUAUCGCCAAAUCGACCGCGACCUGGAGAAGUACCUGACGGUUGACUUCGACGGCGUGCUCUCGGCCGCCACGCAGAGGUUCUCACAUGCCGGCAGCCAGAGCUUCUGCAAUUACGUCGUCAAGGAUAAUCAGGUGUACCGGCGCUGCUACGGCAAGUACGUGGGCUUCAACAUCUUCAUGGACGCGAUUUUGCUGUCGCUGGCGCGGAAGGCGCGCCUGCCGGACAUGGAGCUGCUGGUGAACCUGGGCGACUGGCCCCUGGUGAAGAGUGCGGAGCCGCCUUCGCUGCCCAUGUUCAGCUGGUGCGGCUCGACCGAGACGGACGACAUUGUGAUGCCAACUUACGAGCUGACCGAGGCUUCCGUCGAGUGCAUGGGAAGGGUCACGCUGGACAUGCUGUCUGUGCAAAGCCGCGAGCCGGUGCCCUGGCACCAGAAGCGGAACGCCAGCUUCUGGCGGGGUCGCGACUCGCGGCGCGAGCGACUGCGGCUGGUCGAGCUCGCGCGACAGCGGCCAGACCUCAUCGACGCCGCGCUCACCCACUUCUUCUUCUUCAAGGCCGAGGAGAAGGAGUACGGCCCCACCCAGCCGCGCGUCUCGUUCUUCGAGUUCUUCCAGUACAAAUAUCAGCUGAACGUGGACGGCACAGUGGCGGCCUACCGCUUCCCGUUCCUGCUGGCUGGUGACUCACUGGUGGUGAAGCAGAAGUCCGACUACUACGAACACUUCUACGAUGACCUGGAGCCGGGCCGGCACUACCUGGAGGUGGCCCACGACCUCAGCGAUCUCGUCGAAAAGCUGGAGUGGGCGCAGGCGCACGAUGCCGAGGCGCGGGCGAUGGCGCAGGCGGGCCGCCGGUUCGCCCAGGACAGCCUGAUGCCGCUCGACGUGUACUGCUACCACGCCGUGCUGUUCAAGGAGUGGAGCUGGCGGCUGCAGAGGCCGGUGAAGGUGCGGGAUCAGAUGGAGCGGGUGGAUCCGCCGGACCACAACCGGCGCUUCGGCGACUGCCAGUGUCACCGCGCGCGGCACAGGGACGAGCUGUGAGCGGGCCGGACGCGAGCUGUGAGCGGGCUGGACGCGAGCUGUGAGCGGGCCGAACGCGAGCAGUAAGCGGGUCGGACGCGAGCUGUGAGCGGGCCGGACGCGAGCUGUGAACCGGUCAGACGCGGCAGCCGCGCCGGCCGCAGGCGACCGGCCAUCCGUGGGCGGCGGGGCUGAACCGACCUGACCUGACGUAACAUUAAGAUGGUCGAGGUCGCCUGCCCGGCUGACGGCUGGCAUCAGUCGCCCUGAACUGACCCGAGGAAGACCGCGGGCGGCAGCGGGGUUAGCUCCCCGCCGCGCCCGGCCCCGGCUGCAGGCGCCACACCCGCUGGGAGUGAGGCACCGCCGGGGGCUACGCCGACCGGUGCCGCUCGGGCGCUCCAGGCGCCACACCCGCUGGGAGUGAGGCACCGCCGGGGGCUACGCCGACCGGUGCCGCUCGGGCGCUCCAGGCAGCACAUCCACUGGGAGUGAGGCACUGCCGGGGGCUACGCCGACCGGUGCCGGUCGGGGGUUCCAGGCGCCACAUCCACUGGGAGUGAGGCACCACCGGGAGCUACGCCGACCGGUGCCGGUCGGGCGCUCCAGGCGCCACAUCCGCUGGGAGUGAGGUACUGCCGGGGGCUACGCCGACCAGUGCCGCUCGGACGAAGGCGGGCCCCUCGAACAGAGCCGGACCGCGUCGGUCGAGGAGGAGGCCGAGGUAGCCGUGUUCGGCGGGCGCUGUCAGCGCCGUCAGCCGGCUCCUGGCACCUCCUCAGUGCGGACCGCGUCCCGCCGAGGCGGAGCCUUGACAGCUGCAGGUGCUGAGGUCCAAGUCCAGCCCACGGUCAUGUCUUGCCUGCUGUAUGUACGCUCGUGUGUUGAUGAGAGGGGCCUGCAGAGUCUGCCGUUGCGCAGCUGAGAUGACGUAUGCAGGGCGGUGACGGCUUGGCAGUGGUCUUGAUUCGGAGGCGGGCAGCGGACCAACCGACAUGCCGCGGGCCUGCCGCUAAUGGUCUGGAAGCCGGCUGGUAGCGUAUGUCUGUCUGAUAGCGAAUGUUGUCGAAGAUAUGUGCAUCGCGGUUGUUCCGCUGAAUUCGUAUGUCGUGAAUCUCCACGUGAUCAUCACUCCGUUUUGUGACACUCCGUUGAUAUUUUUGUAUUUGUUAGCAUGUAAACCACGUGUGCUCGUAACACACAGUAAAAUCCGAACGACUUCGUUUGAGCCUGAAA